AUGCCUGAACAGUGCAAAUUCCCAAGUGGAAGCAGUUCUAAUUCUUGCGAUCAAUGUUUCCGAACGAAGCAGAGUUGCUCUAAGCAUCCACUUCAAUGUCAAAGAUGCGCUGAACUAGACAGCUCCUGCACCUUUGGAAAGUUUAUGGGAAGACCCAAGAGAAACUUCAAGAGCCGUCGGCAGUUCCAAAAUGAGACAAAAGACGGCCCUGAUCAGCUAGAAACUUCGACUCAUGAUGAUAACUCAAACAUCUCAUCGGAAGAAAUAGAAUCAUCAGACUGGUGGCAAUACUCUCAUGAAAACAAGGAAACAAUCAAUUAUCCUUUCAGUACGGAUGGUGUUGAAAAUUCUUCUGCAAAGCGAGAUCGAUCUCAGCAAACAGCGCCCAAAAAGGCCACGAAGACCUCCGCUUGUGAUCAAUGCUAUCGAUUCAAAGUAAAAUGUACAAGAGAGCCAGAUUGCUGUCAAAGAUGUAGUCUAAGUGGUAACUCAUGCACCUACAGUGCUGCCAUCGACCUGGAGCGAUCCCGAAAAAGAUCAGCUCCACCAACAACAGAGUCACCUAAAAAGAAAAUUUCUUUCUCACCACAGACCAAGCCAGCUAGAGGCACAGAUAGCAUUAGCUCAAGUCUCACUACGGCGGACUCGAAUUGCAACGAGACUGAAAAUUUCUGUCACAAAGAUUUGGUAACGCUUCAACCACAGUCAAGAUAUCAAAAGCACAAUAGAUCAGUCUCCGCGCCUGAGAUCCCUACUUCUUGUCAGCCAAUUUCGGCUCUACAUGAACCGGCUCAUGUCAUAGAUGAGUGUGACAUUUCUUUUCACGAGUCUUCUCACUACUAUAGCGAUAGUAUUCUCAGUAUGCCGCCACUAGAUAUAUUUUUUGAUAGUGAGAACCCUCCACAUGAUAUUAACUUCAAUAUCGGCGGGGAUGAAAAUCAUGAGCAAUCGCACGGAGUUGAAGUACCUUCUAAAGAAAACAAUCUUGACCCUACGUUGGCAGACGGACUUUCAGGUGGUUGUAACUGCCUUCAAUCUGCACUUUUGAGUCUCUCAAAUUUGCAUGCUGUCGUCUGCGGAAGUCUCAAUUCAUCGUUAGAUGGCAUAUUUGCUGCAGCACGAAAUGGUCUACUCAUUUGCGAAACUCUAACCUUAGCCCAGUGCUCUUCUUGCGAGCUCAGUUCCACUUCAACAUUGUUGAUGCUUUGCGUGGCGAUUUUACAGCAAGUAUACAAUGCUUACGAGUUGCUUGCCAAUCCUGCCGGCCUAUCCACGGAGGGCUUGAACGGGGCUGACAAGAAAGUGACAUUGAGCAUAAAAAUUGGAGAAAUGGAGUUCACUGAUAUUGGACAUAAUCCAAGCAUUUUGAACUCCAUUCUCAAGACUGAAAAGGCGAAAGCAGAGAGGAUCUGUGUGGAGCUAGAGAAAACGGUCACAAAUGCUCAAUGCAGGGAUUCUGCUGGAGUAGGAAAGGAAGAGACUAUGGUGCGCGAAGGAUUGGUUAGCUUGAUUGAGAUUUUCCGUGGGCGGUUUAUUACUGAAGUGGCGUAG